AUUUUUGUUACACUUCAAAUUUGAAAUGUAUAUGAAAAAAAAUUAGAAAAAUGCAUGUUCAGAUUAAUAUUCUGGUACAGUAGCUAGGACAAUGGAGUUUGCUAUGGAGAGAUGCUUUUUUACUUUAUCUUUAACGUGUGAGAAGAAAAAAGGAAUGGUUUAAGACUCUGCAUUACCCCAAAUUCACAAAAAUCAAUUAAAAUUAUUUUGAAGUUUGAAAAAAAAAAAAAAGAUUCUCUCUUGGAAGUGUUGCAGAGACUACUUUGGUUUCUUUUUCACUGUCUGUCCUUUUCUUUCUUUCUUGUUUGCUUAGCAUAAGCCAUCUUCACAUUUACUUUAUUUUAAAAAUAUUUUCUCUGUUUUCUUCAAGAGGGUGUUUAGCAUUUUGGUUGUGUACUAUAAUAUCAACUUGGGGUGCACUUCUCUUUCUUGCUUCUUCAGUAAAACAUAAAAAAGCUCAAAUCUUUACAAGAUUAUGGUACUACUGCAUUCAAAGAAACCACAUUUUCUUAGUAGAUUCUUGAAUAUGAUGAGUGUGGGUUUUUGGGGAUUGUGUUAUCUUGGUUUUUGUGGGGUUUGAGUUUUGUGCAGCAUUGUGUGAAGGGACUUUGUUUAAGGUUUUGAGAGCUAAGUGAGUGAAGAAAAGAAGAAGGAGAAGAAGAAGCAGAGGAAUGGCAGGAGGUGGAGCAGCACCACCACCAAAACAAGAUGAGAAUAUACCACAUCCUGUGAAAGAUCAGCUUCCUAAUGUUUCUUACUGCAUUACCAGUCCUCCUCCUUGGCCUGAGGCCAUAUUACUUGGUUUUCAACAUUACAUUGUUAUGCUUGGCACAACCGUACUCAUCCCUUCAACUCUGGUUCCCCAAAUGGGGGGUGGAAAAGAAGAGAAAGCAAAGGUGAUUCAAACCUUGCUCUUUGUUGCUGGUUUGAAUACACUAAGUCAGACUUUGUUUGGUACAAGACUACCUGCUGUUAUUGGUGGCUCUUAUACUUUUGUGCCAACAACACUUUCGAUCGUCUUGGCUGGUCGAUAUAGUGAUGUUUUGACCCCUCAGGAGAAAUUUGAGAAGAUAAUGCGAGGGAUUCAGGGUGCUAUAAUUGUAGCUUCAACUCUUCAGAUUGUUAUUGGCUUUAGUGGCCUAUGGCGGAAUGUGACAAGGUUCAUCAGUCCACUCUCCGCAAUUCCAUUGGUAGCUCUAUCAGGAUUUGGAUUAUACGAAUUUGGGUUUCCUCUGGUGGCAAAAUGUGUGGAAAUUGGAUUGCCACAGCUUAUCGUUCUCUUAAUCUUUUCACAGUACAUACCCCAUAUGAUGAAAGGGGAUAGGCAUGUCUUUGAUCGGUUUGCUGUUAUAUUCUCCGUCGUGAUUGUAUGGGUGUAUGCUCACAUUCUCACUGUCGCUGGAACUUACAAAAAUUCACCAAUGAAGACUCAGCUUAGCUGUAGAACUGAUCGUGCUGGAAUUAUCAGUGGAUCUCCAUGGAUUAGAGUUCCUUAUCCAUUUCAAUGGGGAGCUCCCACAUUUGAUGCUGGAGAAGCAUUUGCAAUGAUGGCGGCUUCACUUGUUGCUCUUGUCGAGUCUACUGGUACAUUCUUUGCCAUGUCAAGGUAUGCCAGUGCAACUCCUAUACCUCCUUCUGUCCUUAGCCGUGGUGUCGGUUGGCAGGGUGUGGGCAUAUUGUUCUCAGGAAUAUUUGGAACCGGAAAUGGCUCAUCUGUAUCUCCAGAAAAUGCUGGCUUACUCGCAUUAACCCGCGUUGGGAGCAGGAGAGUGGUUCAAAUAUCCGCUGGUUUCAUGAUCUUCUUCUCAAUUCUUGGGAAAUUUGGAGCUGUCUUUGCAUCAAUCCCUGCACCAAUAGUUGCAGCAUUGUAUUGUCUCUUCUUUGCCUAUGUUGGUUCAGCUGGUCUAAGUUUUCUGCAGUUCUGCAACUUAAACAGCUUUAGAACAAAGUUCAUUCUAGGAUUCUCAGUUUUCAUGGGCUUAUCCAUUCCACAAUACUUCAAUGAAUAUACAGCAAUAAAUGGAUAUGGUCCUGUUCAUACUAGAGCUAGAUGGUUCAAUGACAUGAUCAAUGUGCCCUUCUCGUCGGAACCAUUUGUUGCUGGUUUAUUGGCAUUGUUCCUAGAUGUAUCACUGCAUAAAAAGGACGCUGCAACACGGAAGGAUAGGGGCAUGCCAUGGUGGGAUAAGUUCAAGUCAUUCAAGACAGAUACAAGAAGUGAAGAGUUUUACUCAUUGCCCUUCAAUCUCAACAAGUUUUUCCCCUCUGUAUGAUUGAAAGGAAUAUAUAGAUAAUCCAAACUUUAUAGUCCCUCAAUAGCUCAUUGUGGGUAUGAAUAUAUUAACCAAACAUUUUCUGCUGCCCUGAGUUUUCUGUAACUCGGGAAAGAUUAAGCAUAUGAGUGACUUGUUUACUCAACAGUCCACUCCUAAUGCUGUUUGUUAGAGAGCUAAUGUAGUUGGAUCUUGAUACAAGUAUAUUCACUAAAUCAAUUAAAAGUCCUACAAAAAAUAUCAUUUGGUUA